AGGACUCGGCCGCGGUGGGGAGCCUCGCCGCGCGCGGCAGGGCGCCCUCGCCGUCCUCUGCCGGGCCGUGUGGCCAGCGGCGCCCUCUCCUCUCCGGAGCCCGCGCGCCUUCGUCCAGCAUGCUGGCCCGCCCACGGCUCCGGCCCCCGGCCACCGCCGCCUGGGGCCGGCCGCUCCUUUGGCUGCUUCUCGCCGCCGCCGCCGCCGCCGCCGCGUCGUCGGCCGAGCCGCGCUCGCGAAGUUGUUCCGAAGUCAAGAAGCUCUACGUGGCCAAAGGUUUCAGCCAGAGCGAGGCGCCCAGCCACGAAAUCAACGGUGAUCACUUGAAAGUCUGCCCUCAAGGCUACACAUGCUGCUCUCAAGAGAUGGAAGAAAAAUACAGCCAGCAGAGCAAACAGGACUUCCGAAAUGCUGUGGUGGAACUUAGUAAUAACUUGCAAGCAACCUUCAGUUCCCGGUACAAAAAGUUUGAUGAAUUCUUCAGAGAGCUUCUCGAGAACGCCGAGAAAUCCUUGAACGACAUGUUUGUAAGGACUUACGGCCUCCUGUACAUGCAGAAUUCAGAAAUGUUUAAGGACCUCUUUGUGGAGCUGAAGCGCUACUACACAGGCGGCAGCGUCAACCUGGAGGAGAUGCUCAACGACUUCUGGGCCCGGCUGCUGGAGCGCAUGUUCCGCCUGGUCAACCCCCAGUACCACUUCUCUGACGAGUACCUGGGGUGUGUCAGCAAGUACACGGAGCAGCUCAAGCCCUUUGGGGAUGUGCCCCGCAAGCUGAAGCUCCAGGUGACACGGGCGUUUGUGGCGGCACGCACCUUCGCACAAGGCCUGGCCGUGGCAAGGGACGUGGUUGGCAAGGUGUCUGUGGUCAACCCCACACCUCAGGGGGCCCAAGCCUUGCUAAAGAUGAUGUACUGUCCGUUCUGCCAAGGCCUGGUUGCUGUCAAGCCGUGUUACAACUACUGUUUCAAUGUCAUGAGGGGCUGCCUCGCCAACCAAGGCGAGCUGGACACGGAGUGGAAUAACUUCAUAGAUUCCAUGCUCAUGGUGGCGGAGAGGCUGGAGGGCCCUUUCAACAUUGAAUCCGUCAUGGACCCGAUUGAUGUGAAGAUCUCUGAUGCCAUAAUGAACAUGCAGGAGAACAGCAUGCAGGUCUCCCAAAAGGUUUUCCAAGGGUGUGGGCAGCCCAAGACACUUGCGCAGAGCCGGACGUCUCGCUCCAUUUCAGAAAGCAGCUUCAGUGCCCGUUUCAGACCCUACAACCCAGAGGAGAGGCCGACCACAGCAGCUGGCACCAGCUUAGAUAGACUGGUGACAGAUGUGAAGGAAAGGCUCAAGCAAGCAAAGAAAUUCUGGUCCUCCCUUCCCAGCAAUAUCUGUAGCAAUGAGAAGAUGGCUGCUGACAGCAUCAAUGAAGAAGAGUGCUGGAACGGAAGUGGCAAAAGCAGGUAUGUCUACGCAGUGACAGCAAACGGCUUAGCCAACCAGGCGACCAAUCCUGAAGUGCAAGUUGACACCUUGAAGCCAGACAUGGUGAUUCGCCGGCAAAUCAUGGCCCUCCGCGUGAUGACCAAUAAGAUGAAGAAUGCCUACAACGGGAAUGAUGUUGACUUCAUUGAUAUAAGUGAUGAAAGUAGCGGAGAAGGCAGUGGAAGUGGCUGUGACAUGCAGCAGUGCUCUCCCGAAUUUGUGUUCAACGCAACAGAAGUCAAACAGAACACCAACAAAAUGGACAAGAAUGCCAGCCCCGGCAGUGCCUCCCCCAGGGUGGCCUCCUUAGAAGCACCUCUCCUCUUCAGCACCCUCUUUUUCCUGGCCGUGCAGAGACAGUGGAGAUAACUGUGCCACUCCUUUCUUUCUUUUACUUUUUGAGGGUGGAAAAUGACUGCUAUUAAAAUGAAACAGGCACCCGAAUAGGCACCCGAUUUCACUUUUGUACCAUCUAGUGACUUGGGGGGGCAGGGAGGAGGGGUGUGUGAUUUGUAAGUUAAUGGAGAGCAGUGUACAGUUUUUACCAUGUUGCCGCUGGGUUUCAUGAGUUUUUCCAAGAUCUAUCUCUCUCCUCUCUCUCUCUCUCUCUCUCUCUCUCUCUCUCUCUCUCUCUCUAUUUUUGGGAAGGGGAAGAUGAACAUGAGGAUUUGGACCAGUUAGUCUGACCUGUUGACUGAGAAACCACAAAGAUGUGGUGAACUAAGUUGUAUAUACAGGCCUGUAGGUAGCAUUGCUUUUGUGUUGUUGUUUUUGUUGUUUUUGUUGUUUUUAAAUAGCCCAUUUCUCUCUUGCCUCGCCACAACCCCAUUCCUUUUAUUUUGUUUUAGCCUGUUCCCUGCAAAACAAAUGGCUGAACCAGAGUCCUAUCUUGGCAUGUAUCAAGGAUGAUAUCUCUCCCCUCCCUCAAAAAAAAACCAAAACACACACACAAAAAAACCCAACCCACACGAAAUUAUCUGUACAGAAGCAAAAGGGUUUUUUUUUUUAAAAAAAAUCAUCAUAUUUCAUGGGCAGUGAAAGAAGCUGCCUCUCAAGCAAACAGACACUUCUUUGUAAAAUUUUGAGUUCCCACAUGUAUCCAUUACGCUCAGAUGCCUUACCUAGGAGAGGAAAGGGGCUAAUUUCUUUGUGGGGUGUUCCAAUCUUUAGAACAGAAUGUGAACGGUUAGCUUUUGCACACCUUGUUCCCAGCUGUGGAAAGCAAAUAAUCAUCUCCGCCAGCCCUUCCCCAAGAAAUUACCCAGGUGCAUUUAUGGCAGUGGUUCCUAGCUGGUGUUCCGCAGGCCCCCAACUACCAUAAGAGAUACCAAAAUUUUCAAAAGUAGGAGGUCCAUGGCUUGGCUUUUGAAAACGGGGGGGGGGGGUCUGCAGCUAAUUGGGAACCAUUGAUAUAUGGGGUUCUGCCCCUCCCCCAGCUUAGAAGAGAUUCCACACCCUCCCAGCACCCAAUUUUUAACUGGAGCAAACAUUUGGCUUCCAGAACCCCUUCCUAGUUUUGACAGUGUGGUCCCUAGGUACAAUAUCUGCUACGCUUCCUUGGUGUCAAACUGGGACUGCUACUCUGCAAGCUGUUUCACACAGGGAAAUAGAUUUAGGUCCCAUCUGCUCUAUACUUUUAAAGCAGUAUCAUAUCACUUUAUGACUUCAGCCACGGCUUCUUCCAAAGAAUCAUUGGAUCCAUAGUUCAUUAAGCAUUCUGAAAGUUGUUAGGAGACCCCUGCUCCCCUCCCAGAGCUACAAAUCCCAGAGUGGUUUAACAGUUGAUCCCUCUUCCCACAGAGUUCUGGGAAUUGUAGCUCUGUUGAGGGGAACAGGGGGUCUCCUAACAACUAUCGGUACCCUUAGCAAACUGCAGCUUCUUUGUAGGAAGCUAUGACUUGAAGCCAUAAAGUGAUAUGAUAGUGGUUUGAAUGUAUACUGCUUUUCUCACCAAAUGGAAAAUGGGAAGACUGGUCCAUGUGAUGUGUUUAGACCUCUUCCAGAUUGUUUGGAUCACAGCUCCAGCCUUCAUGGCCAACGGUUAGGGAAGAUGGUUGUCACAGUCAACAGCGACUGAGGGGUAAUAGGCCACAUUAACAGUUGGUGGGUUUUUAAUGGGUUUCCAGGAACAGACUUUUAGGCAACAGGUGAGGGUGAGAGAUUUUACCGAGAGGGAAAGGAAGGAGGCUGAUGUGAGGCAAGAUUUGCAACCUUCUUUCUUGGAAGAUCCCACUUACCUCUAACCUCAGAGGGGGCUAUACUGAGGCAACGGGAAACUCCUGGAUAAAUGUAUAUAUUUUUAUAUUGGGGGGGAAGGGGUGAACAAAUAAAAUCACUUUAAAUAGAAUGAUACAUGUGAAGUCUGCAGGAAGACUAAAAACUUUUCUGGAAGUUUCUCCCUAGUUCAGCCAUCAUUGUGUCGCUCUGACUCUGAGAACAAUUGGCUGAGGGUAAAAGAGAAAGAACGAAAAAGGAACAUCAUCAGAGGGGGAUUUAUUGCUAUCCUGUGUUGUAUUGUAAGCGGAGUGUGUGUGUGUUCGGGUUGUUCCUUCUAUUUUUAUACUGAAAAAUUAAUUGCUUGGUAGACCAGGGUUGGGAUUUUUGUUCACAUCCCCCACCCCCCGCACUGAACCCCCCAAAAAGAAGAACUUUUAUAUAAAAGACAGAAUUGUAUUGGCUGAGAUACUAAAUAAAUUGCUCCUGAGAGGCAUAAUA